UUCUAAAGUUCUAAUGAUAUAUUACUACUACAGUAAUAAACUACUUUUACUAUAAAUAGCAGUGACUCAGCCGACUUUCUCUCUCCGACUGGAUUUUCAGACAAUGGUGACGUCAGCGGCUGAUCUUCUCCGCUUCCACCAUCCGUCUCUCUCUUCGCAAUCCCCCACCUCAUUUCUUCUUCUCCCUCCCAAACGACGUCGCUACGCCGCUCUCUAUCCUCACAACCUUCUCUCUCCAUGGCUUCCCAACCGACGACGUCGUUCCAAUUUCACCGUAUCUGCAAAGGCCGUCGACUUCAAGCCACAGGCGUCGACUCAGGAUGCCAAACUCACCGGCGUUGACUCCACGGUGCUUCUCGACGUAACCGGAAUGAUGUGCGGCGGGUGCGUCUCGCGCGUGAAGUCAAUUCUGUCGGCUGAUGACAGGGUGGACGCCGUCGUAGUCAACAUGCUGACUGAGACGGCGGCGAUCAAGCUGAAGAAGGAGUCUGUGCUGUUCGCCGGGGCGGCAGGGGAGGAGCUCGCGAGGAGAUUGACGGAGUGUGGAUUUCCGACAAAGAGGAGGGAGUCAGGACUUGGAAUUGAAGAAAAAGUGAAGAGAUGGAAAGAAACCGUGGCCAAGAAGGAAGCAUUGAUGGUGGAAUCGAGAAACAGAGUGGCGUUCGCCUGGACAUUGGUAGCGCUGUGCUGCGGGUCCCACGCUUCUCAUAUUUUGCAUUCCUUGGGCAUUCAUAUCGCUCAUGGAUCCAUUUUUGAAAUGUUGCAUAAUUCUUACGUGAAAGGUGGUUUGGCAUUGGGGUCUUUAUUGGGACCUGGACGAGACUUACUUUUUGAUGGUUUGAGGGCAUUCAAAAAUGGCUCGCCCAAUAUGAAUUCUCUGGUUGGCUUUGGAUCGAUUGCUGCAUUUGCCAUCAGCAUGAUUUCACUUCUGAACCCUGAACUACAAUGGGAUGCAUCAUUUUUUGAUGAGCCGGUCAUGCUUCUUGGAUUUGUACUACUGGGACGCUCUCUGGAAGAAAGAGCAAGGAUCAGAGCAUCCAGUGACAUGAAUGAGCUACUGUCACUUAUAUCCACUCAAUCACGGCUUGUCAUUGCUCCUUCCGGAGGCGAUUUUGCUGAUGACAGUGUACUUUGUUCGGAUGCUAUGUGUAUUGAAGUUCCCACUGAUGAUAUUCGAGUUGGAGAUUCGGUGCUGGUUUUGCCAGGAGAAACAAUUCCAGUAGAUGGGAAAGUACUCGCCGGGCGAAGUGUUGUGGACGAGUCUAUGCUUACUGGUGAAUCCCGUCCAGUAUUUAAGGAGAAAGGCCUUCCGGUAUCUGCUGGAACUAUAAAUUGGGAUGGUCCAUUAAGGAUAGAGGCAGCUACUACUGGAUCGAAUUCUACAAUUUCCAAGAUUGUUAACAUGGUUGAGGAUGCACAGGGACGAGAAGCUCCUAUUCAAAGACUUGCAGAUUCGAUUGCUGGCCCAUUUGUGUACAGUGUAAUGACCUUGUCGGCAGCAACAUUUGCUUUUUGGUAUUAUAUUGGUACGCACGCUUUCCCUGAUGUGUUACUAAAUGAUAUUGCCGGGCCUGAUGGAAAUCCUUUACUUCUCAGCUUGAAGCUUUCUGUUGAUGUCCUGGUUGUCUCCUGCCCAUGUGCUCUUGGUCUGGCUACUCCCACUGCAAUCUUAGUCGGAACAUCACUAGGUGCCAAACAGGGACUCCUUAUCAGAGGAGGAGAUGUAUUGGAGCGCCUGGCAAGCAUUGACCAUGUCACCUUGGACAAGACGGGUACUCUGACAGAAGGUAAACCUGCUGUGUCUGCUGUUUCAUCGCUUAGUUAUGGAGAAUCAGAAGUUAUUCGGAUGGCUGCUGCCGUGGAGAAAACAGCAUCUCAUCCUAUUGCCAAAGCUAUUUUAGAAAAAGCAGAGUCACUGAACUUAGACAUCCCAGCCACACAUGGACAAAUAGCUGAACCAGGUUUUGGGACCUUAGCAGAAGUGGAUGGGCUUCUAGUUGCGGUCGGAACGUUUGCGUGGGUUCAUGAACGCUUCCAGCAGAAAACCGACAUUCUUGAUCUUGAGAGUCUGGAAGAGUCAAUAAUGGGCCAAACUAUAAAUAGUUCGUCAUCAAUUCAUUCAAUAACCACUGUUUAUGUUGGACGAGAAGGAGAGGGUAUUAUUGGUGCUAUAGCUUUAUGUGACAAUCUGCGUGCUGAUGCGAAAUUCACCAUAAUGGGGCUUAAGCAGCGGGGAAUCAGAACAGUCCUCCUAUCAGGGGACAGGGAAGAGGCAGUUGCAACUGUGGCCCAGACCGUUGGCGUAGAAAAUGAAUUUGUCAAUGCAUCCUUGACUCCAAAGCAAAAAUCUGAAUUUGUUGCAAGUCUUCAAGCUUCUGGACAUUCUGUUGCAAUGGUUGGUGAUGGCAUUAAUGAUGCACCAUCUCUGGCGCUUGCUGAUGUUGGGAUUGCUUUGCAAAUUGAGAAGCAAGAAAAUGCUGCUUCAAAUGCAGCAUCCAUUAUACUUCUAGGGAACAGACUUUCGCAGGUGACAGAAGCUCUUGAUCUUGCUCGAGCAACUAUGGCAAAGGUUCAUCAAAAUUUGUCGUGGGCAGUAGCAUAUAACAUUUUUGCGAUCCCCAUCGCAGCUGGUUUAUUACUUCCCAAUUUUGAUUUCGCCAUGACUCCUUCACUUUCAGGUGAGAAUGGAUCUCCUUGAAUGAAAGUCUUGCUGUCUCAAACUUUAAAACUAAGAUGUUGGUAAUACAGGCCCUAUAUUGUGCUGUGAUUUUGGAUUUUGGUUUGUUGUUUCAGGUGGGCUAAUGGCUUUAAGCUCUAUAUUUGUUGUGUCGAACUCAUUGCUUCUUCAAUUUCAUGGGCCUCAAAGUAAAACCGAAAUAGAGACCCCCUUAAACCUAUGAUGGCCCUUUCUUAUCUUCCUCUUAAGAGUUUCAUUCAAUCGGGAAGUUUAUGAUGUAAUUUACAGGUUUUGGAAAAGCCCUUAAGGCUUUGCCCUGACAGUCAUUUUUCAUAAUUGUAUAGUGAGAACUGAGAACCUCUGAUAAUGUAUGUGGAUGGACAGACUGGAAUAACAAUUCUUUUAGGUAGUUAAUUAACAAAAGAAAGUGGGAAGAUUUUAUCCUUCCUUCAUUGUUCCGAUUGAGAUUAAUGGAAGACUGAAGCCUGCUUGUCAGUCUUUGUGCAACUCUGGUUACAUUCCAAGGCUUUUGAAGAAAAACAUAAAAGUGUAAAGAAAAAGUUUACGAAC